AAUUGCGUCAGUAUUUAAUCUAAAAUAUUUCUAAGCACAGCAUUGAUUCAAAAUUCAGUUUGUCAUCUUGGAGAAAGUUUUAUUUUAAGAAGGCAGUUGUAUUAAUGACUAUUCAUUUUUCAUCUUUUAUCUUGACAGUUCCAAAACCAUAUUCUCCUGUCGUAAAAGUAGGCUUUCAAAUUGAACCAUGUCAGUUUUUUUACACAUUAGGUCCUAAAAUUCCAUUUUAUUUGAUUGUGUGACUUUUGGUAUGUUGGUCAAAACCAACUGUGUUAGUAUGUUUUAAACUAUUAUCUAAUUUAAACAUUAAUAAUAAUGACGUCAUCGUCUACCAUAUCAUCUCCACCACACACAUCAUCGUUGCCAAUGACGACCACGGGAACACGUAACAUCACAGACAAUCACCUGUACGACCUCAACGAUGACGUCGCGAGAACUCUCAUCCCAGCCAUGGUCUACGUGGGCGUCACGAUGCUGUUCGGGGUGUUCGGCAACGCCCUCGUGUGUUUCGUCUUCAUCUGGAAGAUGAAGAGAGGGACCCAGAACUUCCUGAUCACGAGUCUGGCGGUGUUUGACCUGCUCAGCUCCCUGUUGGCCAUGCCCGUCGAGAUAGCCGACAUGAGGUUCUACUACACCUUCCCCUCGGACGUCGCCUGCAAGUUUCUACGUUUCGUCAAUUCUUUAUUGGCCGUGUCCUCGAUAAGCACUCUAAUGGUCAUAGCAGUCGACAGAUACCUCAAAGUUUGUCGGCCGUUACACACUCAGAUGCAGCUGAGAGAAGCGAAAAUCUCGGUAGCCGUCGCUGUUUUUACUGGACUGGUUUUCAGCUGGCCAGCGCCUGUCAUAUACGGACUCCGAAUUGUCGAAACGGAAAUAGCGGGAAUUGUGGGAGAAAAUUGCAACAGCUUGGACGGAAUUCUUUAUCUAACCUAUCACGUGAUACUAGCAGUAGCGUUCGUGAUUUUCACCGCAGCGCUGGCGGUUCUAUACGGGAUGGUGGGCAUGGCGGCUAAGAGACACAAGCGUUAUAUGAGGCGAAUCUCCGACGUGGAAAUCUCUGGAAGGAAGAAGACUUCAGUUUCGUCCUUAGAAAGUUCAACAACGUGUGAUGUGCGACUGUCUGACUUAGACGUCGCUCAAACUCAACCUCAACCUCAACCUCAACCUAAGCCUUACCCUCAACCUCCUACACAACAAAAACAGAAGGGUGUUCAUAGAAUGAAAAACAAAACAACAGUGAUAGGUUUUACUGUUACAUUAGUUUUCGUGGUGAGCUUUUUACCGUUUAUAUCGCUCAUGGCGGUGGGAGCGUUUGUGAAAAACUUUGACUACGAUUUAAAGGGCGGAUCACUUGUUGCGUACAAUGUAUUCGUGCGCUCCUAUUUUAUAAAUAGUGCGGCGAAUCCUUUCAUCUAUGGAGUGCUGAACAUUCGGUUUCGAGAUGAGAGUGUCACAUUGUUGAAGAAAAUGUUGUGUUGUUUAAAAGUGAUUUCUGCUAGUGCGCAGACGACACCGUGACAUUAAACACACUGGCAAGGGGCGGAUCAAGAAGUGUGUAACGGGUGGUGCACAUUUAAGUCUUUGCCCCACCGUAAAGUAAUUGUGAUUAUUACAGGUUUUUAUUUUUAAAUUACAUAUUGCGUACAGCUUCUUUUCAAGUACGUAUCUCUGGAAACAGCGUUAAAUGUGGUAAAAUGUGUUUUUUUUUGGAUGUUAAUAAUUCAUGAGUGGUGUGUAAUUCCCAACAUAGUUGGAGGCUUACUUUCAUCAUCUAGGCAGUUAGAACAGGCUAGGGUGAGCUUUAUAUCUUAAUACAAUAACUCUCUCUAUGUCUGUCUAUAUGUCUCUCCGUUUUUUUCACUCUCUCUCUGUCUCUCUCCCUCUCUCUGUAUCUCUCUCUCUCUCUCUCUCUCUCUCUCUCUCAAAUUACA